UUCGCAAGGGAUUCUGGGAAUCUGAGUCCUGAGGAUUGAACGACCGCCCUUUCUGGAGCGAGCAGAGUAGAACAGAGCUACACGCGUCGAGGGAAAUAUUAUCACUAAACAACUUUCUGAAGCAGCGGAACCAGACCUGAGAAAAGGAUAAGGUCAAUAAUGGCGGCUGAGGUGGAUGUGGAGCUGGAGGCAGGCAAUGAGUACCCAGCGCAUUACAAAGUCAUGAUGGACAAACUUAAUGAACAACGACAGCUGGACCAGUUCACAGACAUUACCUUGAUUGUGGAUGGACACCAGUUCAGAGCCCAUAAAGCAGUGUUGGCAGCAUGCAGUCAGUUUUUCCAUAAGUUCUUCCAGGAUUUUACCCAGGAGCCACUGGUGGAGAUAGAAGGAGUGAGUAACACCGCCUUUCGCCAGCUGAUGGAGUUCACUUACACAGCAACACUAGUUGUAGUUGGAGAAGAGGAGGCCUAUGAUGUCUGGAAGGCUGCUGAAUACCUCCAGAUGCAGGAAGCCAUCAAAGCGCUCAACAUUAAGAUAAAUGAGAUUGCCUCGCUGACAGCAAAGAGCAAAGGUAAAAAGAGGAAGAUUGCUGAGACAUCUAAUGUAAUUACAGAAACGCUACCUUCAGUGGAAGGGGAACAGGUGGAGAUUGAGGUGAUAGGGGAAGGGGCCAUCGAGGUGGAGGAGACGGGACUGGAGGAGGUGGUCGAUGCAGCAAAGAAUGCUCAGGCUGCGUCGGAUGACUCUGCUCUGGCUCUUCUCGCUGACAUAACCAGCAAGUAUCAGCAAGAGGAACCUACGUUACAGGUCAUUAAGAAGGAAGGAAUAGAAGAGGAGGUGGUGUAUCAGGAGGAAACGGUGACUGCCUCCAAGGCGCUGGAGAACGUCGAGGUCGUAGAGGUCCAGAUUUCCCAAGUGGACAACAUGUUCCGCUGCAACAAGUGCGAUCGUAGCUUCAAGUUGUACUACCACCUCAAACAGCACUUAAAAACACACCUGGGCUCGCUGGAAAAACCCCACGUGUGCAACCACUGCGGGAAAGCCUACACGCGGGAGGGCGCCUUGAAGCAGCACGUCAGCACGUUUCAUUUUGAUGCAGAAGAGCUGUCUCGAAACCAGAAACCCCAGAAGAAAGUGCACGUUUGUGAAUACUGUAAAAAGCACUUUGACCACUUCGGACACUUUAAGGAGCACUUACGGAAGCACACUGGGGAAAAACCUUACAAGUGUCCAGAUUGCCAUGAACGAUUUGCAAGGAACAGCACACUGAAGUGCCAUAUGGCAGCCUGUCAGAAUGGAGCCGGAGCCAAGAAGGGACGCAAGAAGCUCUAUGAAUGCCAGGUCUGCAGCAGUGUGUUCAACAGCUGGGACCAGUUCAAAGACCAUCUCGUGAGCCACACAGGCGACAAGCCUAACCACUGCACCAUGUGUGACAUGUGGUUCACCCACCCAAAAGAACUAAAGGUCCACCUCAAAGACAUCCAUUCCAUCGAGGAAAAGACGGUCGAAGAACUGGUCAUCACCGACUCCGCUGCCACCGCCGCCCUCGCCAUCGCAACGCAGGGCAUCGAAGGGGCCGAAACGGUGCUGCUGGACGACGGGAUCCAGGUUGAACACGUCACGGUGGAGCCCGUGGACGUGAUGGAGAUGGAGGAGACUGCGACAGUCGUGGUGGAGGACGGAGGGGUGGCGGAGAUGUGCGAGGAGGACGUGGAGAGGUUAAAGCGGGCCGGGGUGCAGAUCCAGGUGGUGCACGUGACCACGACUGAAAUUGACGGGCAGCAGGUGGUGAACUCUCAGGUGGAAGUAGAGAUGGAGGGUGAGAUGGUGAGCGUUGAGGAGGCAGAACAAGCGGUGGAUGUAUGAGAAUGUGAAAAGGAGGAUGGUGUCCUAAAGGACCGGCUGUGUUAUCCUGCAGCUGACUUGUUUCCCAUAAACACUGCAUGUGGGAUUACAGCAUGUCACCUCAGUAUGUCCUGCUGUCUGCCCUCACAUUGAAUGACUCCAUUUCCACCGCCGCUCACUCUUUGAACUCUGAGUUAUGGACAGAGUUACGAAGAGGCAUCAUUUCCUGCUAAUGAUCCUGUAUUUAUUUUUAAGCUGUUUGCCACCAUAUCAAAUAUUCUCAAUGACUCUUCCGUGCUUCAUCAAUCAAUUUGAAUGUUUUUUUUUUCUUUGUGCCCUUAUUUUACCUCAAAUUUAUAUUAUGUUCUCUUAGUUUGGGUCACUUGCCAAGACAAUUUGAUGACGAUGAAUGAAAUGUUCUUGUGUCAGCGUAUGUAUGUUGCCGAUGCUCCUCAGUGCUAAUGCUACAGUUUAGUCCAAGCUUAUUUUCAUAUGGACUUUUAUUGUUUUUGCAGGAAAAACUCAGAUAUGGAAUAAAAUUGGUUUCCAGAAUGGAC